GACGCUGACGGCGGUGGGCGGGCGCAGCUAAGAAAAUUAUAAGGUCAUUUGAAUUACGCUUGCUAGCGAGCUUAUCGGCUACAAUAAACCCAGAAAUGAUAUCAGUGGUUGUGACAAUGAGCGGAUGAUGAUCGCGGGAUCAAAGUCGACGCUCACAGCCAGGCGUAUUUGACUCCCCACCGGAGGGAGAGGAGCGGCAGCAGCAGCUCGUUGUGGUAAUACAACAGGAGGGGAUCCCGGUCGGUGCGUGUGUCUGUCUCUGCGUGCGUUUCUGUGAGCCUCUGUCAAGCCAAGCGAGCGGCGGCGAGGAGCGGCUAGGACGACCAGGAUAGCCUGUAAGCCGAUCAAAGCGGCGUCGCACACGACGAGUUUCACGUCUGGGAUUUCUGCGCAUCUACAUGCUGUGACGGUGUGAGCGAGGAUGAUCCGUCUAGCGUGUUGCACAGCCCUGCUGUUCGUGCUGAGGCUGCUGGUGGGCUUGCCGUGGUACCAGGUUCUCCCGGCCAUCCUGAUCUUCUACCUGGGAAGUGGAGGAUGGAGCUUCCUGCAGAUUUUUGCCAAGACAGUCGGCAGAGACUUACAUGCGGCAAGUGUGCUAUUGAGGGUGAAGAUGAAUGUCAGACGCCACCUUAAAGAAAAGAACACCAUUCCCAAGAUCUUUGCUGAAACAGUGCAACGCCACGGGGACAAAACGGCACUCAUCUUCGAGGGGACCGGGGAGAGGUGGACCUUCCGGCAGCUGGAUGAGUACUCCAACAGAGUGGCCAACCUGCUGCUGGAGCGGGGCUUCAGGGAGGGCGACGUGGUGGCCCUCUUCAUGGAGAACAGGUCCCAGUACGUGGGCCUCUGGCUGGGCAUGGCCAAGAUCGGAGUCGAGGCCGCUUUGAUCAACUUCAAUUUGAGACUAGAGGCCUUGGUCCACUGUGUCAACAUCUCCAAUGCCAAGGCUGUGGUGUUUGGCGCGGAGCUGACUGACGCGGUGUCCGAGAUCCACAGUUCAAUGGGGAAGACGGUGCAGAUGUUUUGCUCCGGAGACUGGGACCCCAAACGAGUCCCGCAAGGAACCGAGUGCCUAGAGCCCCUGCUGGAGGGCGCCCCAUCUCACCUGCCAAGCAGGCCACAACGAUGCUUCACAGAUCGCCUGUUCUACAUCUACACGUCAGGAACCACUGGGAUGCCUAAAGCUGCUAUUGUUGUGCACAGCAGGUACUACCGCAUGGCAGCCUUGGUGUAUUAUGGCUUUAGGAUGACAUCAGAUGAUGUGCUGUAUGAUUGCCUUCCACUCUACCACUCUGCAGGUAACAUUGUGGGAGUGGGCCAGUGUAUCAUACAUGGCAUGACUGUAGUCAUCAGAAAGAAGUUCUCCGCCUCGCGUUUCUGGGAUGACUGUGCCAAAUACAACUGCACUAUUGUGCAAUACAUUGGUGAGAUCUGCAGAUACCUGCUGAACCAGCCAGUUAAGGACACAGAGAAGCAACAUCGGGUGCGCAUGGCACUGGGCAACGGCCUGCGCCAGUCCAUAUGGGAGGAGUUCAUGAAGCGUUUCAACAUCCCACAGAUAGCAGAGUUCUACGGAGCCACAGAGUGCAACUGCAGUCUCGGCAACUUCGAUAACAAGGUUGGAGCAUGUGGCUUCAACAGUCAGAUUCUACCGUUCAUCUACCCCAUCAGACUGGUGCGGGUUGAUGAAGAGACCAUGGAGCUCAUUAGGGGACCUGAUGGUGUCUGUAUUCCCUGUAAACCUGGUGAACCUGGGCAGCUAGUCGGCAGGAUCAUUCAGAAUGAUCCCCUUCGGAGGUUUGACGGAUAUGUCAACCAAUCAGCAACCAGCAAGAAGAUUGCUCAUAGUGUUUUCAAGAAGGGAGACAGUGCCUAUCUCUCUGGCGAUGUGUUGAUCAUGGAUGAGUGCGGCCACAUGUACUUCAAGGACCGCACAGGAGACACUUUCCGCUGGAAAGGAGAGAACGUCUCAACAACCGAGGUGGAGGGAACUCUCAGCAGGCUGCUAGACAUGAAAGAUGUAGUUGUCUAUGGAGUGGAAGUACCAGGAGCAGAGGGAAAGGCUGGAAUGGCAGCCAUCGCUGAUCCGUCUCACUCCACUGACCUGGAGAAGUUUGUGAAGGACAUGGAGAAGGCUCUGCCUCCAUAUGCCAGACCUGUAUUCCUCCGCUUCCUUCCGGAGGUCAACAAGACAGGAACGUUUAAGUUUCAGAAGACGGACUUGCGCCGGGAAAGCUUCGACCCCACUGUGGUGUCAGACAGACUGUACUUUAUGGAUUCCAAAAGAGGAUGCUAUGUGCAGCUGGACGAGGAGCUUUACCGUUCCAUACUGUCAGGGAAACACAAAUUGUGAUGAGCAGGCUGACCACUACAUCUACACAUGUACACAUAGACACACACGCAUACAGAAAAGACAUUAAUGUGUGACCAGGAUAGCAGAAUGCAGGACCUCGCCCCAGUAUACAAUGCAUUUAAAGUAAUAGCCAUACACACUCCAUGCAUCCGUACUCAUAUGCCAACACAUACACACACAUUAUAUUCCCCAAACCCACUUUGCUCUUUGUAAUCCCGAAAAACACACACACACACACACACACACACAUAGCACCACUCCAUCCAUCCCCGGCUACUCCUCUCGCUACCUCAGCAAACACAGAGAGAGGCACAAACCUAGUAACCAGGUCGAUUUGGUAACUUGAAACCACCCUUCAUAGCCAUACACUCCCUGCCCACACAGGCCUCAAGACAGCCACGUCUGGCCAUCCUGGUCCAUCAAACCACGUGUUGCUGGGGGACACUCCUUGGGGGGACACAGAGUUCAGGCUCCCUGGAAACCAGAAUGCAAAACUUGAAACUGCAGAUAACCACAGACUUAAAAGGAUGCUGAGAAGAAUGUGGAUUCAGUACAGAAACUGUGCACAACAGAGGGACCUACGAGGACCUAAACUGUCACUCGGUUCGUUGUAUCGUCAGCGAGAUUGUUUUGUGAAAGACUGAAGGCUCUACCGUCGACUCAACCUGCACAAUUAGCCCGCAGUGAUAACCCUGUGUGACAGCUUUACUCUAUCUGAGGUUAACUGUGUCCUCCUUUCUGCCCUUGAGAUGAAAUGAGUAAAGGACACCAAGUUUUUUUUAAAAAAGGGAACAACAGAAGGAUGUGAGGGAUUUUGGAAAGCAUUGGACGUGUAACCCACGGUUACAGAAGUUAAAUUUAGACCAGUGGUUGAGGCGGAAAGAUCUACUAAAGUGCAAUAGGGCUCCAGCGUUUGCAGUGCAAUAAUCAGCCGCACCACAGGAGAGCUGAUAUAAAAAACAAAGCUUUGUAUUUAAAUAUGUCACACCAAAUAUAUUUAAGUUGUAGUGCUUGUUUACAUAUUUAAGAAAAUAUGGAAGUUUUAGUAAUUUAUGUUUAAGCUUUCUCUUUUGUUAUAGUGCAGGUUAUUUUUGCUUUACGUGUAUCCAAAUCUUCAGUAACUUUUGAAGUCCUCAAAAAUGAAGCUGCAGUAUGCAUUUUAUAUCAGCUGCUGGAACACAAAGUCAAGUGGUCUGACUGAUCCAGCCCUGGGCUAAAUCAAUGGGGCUAUUUCUGUAAACACAUGCUGACAUGCAGUGUGUUUGCGUGGCUGUGUUGUGCAGGUUUUGUCCGAAAAGGUAGACUGUCGUACGGUGUGUGUAUAUUCUUCUGAAACUGAAAGAGGACUUUACUGGAGAUAAAGAAGCACCAAAUCGCACCAUCAGCGAGGACUUGUGUUUUCAACAAUACUCUGGUGCUAAAGACGGAUGUUCUGCCAGACACAACAGAGCCGAAAGAUCCAAAGAUUCAAAGGCGGGAGUGGGGACGUUGUGACGGAGGGGGUUGCGUCGAAAUGGAACAGUAGAAGAAGAAGAAGAAACCGUGCUUUGUCAUCGAUGUUUUGUCUGUUGCUUGCACUAGCUGUCAUCAGAGGUUGUAGCAGCAUGAAUGAGCAUCAUUAUCCACGCAAGCAGAGCACUGUGCCUUACUGUGAGUUCACCUCCCAGAUUCACAGGCCCUGGCCCACAUCAUAGUACCUGUCUCGUCUGUCUUCAAAUUCCCCGUCAUAGUAGCCUCGCAAAGCUGGCCUAAAUCGUGGGAGCUCAUACUUCUUCUUAAAAAUGAUCUGCGUAGAAUCCCUGGCAGCACAGCGACUGGCGCCUUCGUCCUGCCAGGUGCAGGAAGAGGUUGUGAUAAUGUCUAAGUGGGCAAGAGUCCAAAUUUUGCAAGCAGUGGUGCCCCCAGGGUGGGGCAUGGCCUCCCUGAUAAAACAGCUAUCCCCAACACUUGCGAAAAUAAUAGGAGGCCAGUAUCAUCAUCUUUGAGAGGCUUUGUCUCACUCAUUUUUUAAGCUAGCCCAAGGUAUUGGUAUCUUGUGAAACUAGACAACCUUAGGCAUCAGUUGGUACCGACCACAUUGGCAAGGCGGGGCGGGGGCUGAAUGAAGCCUUGCAAUAAGGUUAAAUUUUGGUGAGGGAACAACUGGCACAUUUUCAAAGGGGUCCCUUAAAAUGUCACGUCAAGAUAUCUCAGUCUUUUUUCACGAAAAGGACAUCCACCCUGUUUGAAGAACAAAGAAUCCUUUAAAAGGCUUGGAUGGUAUCUAAUUUUUAAUACCUUCAUAAGUUCCUGAAAUUUCACCAGGGUAUACAUUAUAAGACAGUAUUAUUGUGCGGCACUAACCCAACCCCACGACUAGCAAGACUUAGCUUUUGCAGUAUAAUAAAUAGUAAGUAUAUUUUCCUUAUUUAACAACAGAAUACAACAAUUCAAGUUUCUCUCUUUAAGCACACAAAGACAAAGACAACGUAGUUGACCUAUUAACCCACAAUUAAACAUACUUCAUUCAAACAUGACAGAAACAAAAUUAAACUUACCAAAACUGACUUGGUUAGUCUUGUUAGUCCUUCAGGUAGUUAGUCCACUGUCCCAACAAUGAGCAGCUCUGAUUUGGUCGAAAUAAACCAUUAAUUUACCGAGUUAGAUGUAAAAAUGUGCCAUUUACAGUAGUGUAAUGUUAUCCCCACAACCACCAGCUGCCUGUUCCACCAGUGGAGAGUAGAGACUGACCUCUGGUGGUGAGUGCUGUUCACUACACACAAUAAGUUUAAUAGAAAGAGGACUGACUGAAUUUUUGUCGGUAUUGAAAAUCAUAAAGUCAGGAUUUUUUAAUACCCUGGUAUACCGUAAUACCAUGAUCUUGCCCAAGCCUAUCAGCAAACAUGCAUUGAUACUUACUACAUUUGUUCCACUAUCAGUCUGCGCACAUCAGAUCUUUAGUAACGUUAACUGUAAAAUAAGAAACCAAAGUACUAUGUGAUUCCUUAAGUCUCUUAUUGACCUAGUUUUCAACAAGCCUACAUACUUUAACAGCAUAAUCAAAUUCCUGAAAUUCAGUUAUGGUUUUUUAAUGUGCCACCCCAAGAUUGUCAGUGGCCCUUUCCGGGGCAAAAUACAAAAUAUUUCUGGGGGCGCCACUGUUUGCGAGACUGCUGUCACAGCGUCUUGUCUUCCUUUGAGUCUCUUCCGGUCUUAGUCCAAACUGUAACCUUAAUUUAUCUUCUAGAUAUUCGUUACUUGUUUGGGUUUUUUUUUCCCUUCUUUUUUUUGGGGGGGGGGG